AUAAAUGAACGACAGUUGGUAAGUGGGGUAAAACAAAAAAGAUAAAUCAUUUUGGUAUUACGUACCCACCUACAUAUUUUGAGUGUUAGAUAAGUUAAGUAUUGGUGUUAUAAUUCCUGCAAAGUGUUUUGAAGUGCUCCUUUUUUCACGAUGUUCAGCUAAAUAUUUGGAACACAUUUUUUAUAUAAGCCUUUAUAUCAGUUUUAUUUUAUUAUUAUCAUUCAUUAUAGUUUUUGUACCUAUAUCAUCCCACUGCUGAGUAAAACCCUGCCCUUUUUGUUCCAUCCUUUUUACUUUUGACUGUGCGGGAGCAUAGAUUUCGUCUUCCACUGGGAAAUAGGUCAAAGGACAUAUUCGUAGUCGCAAUGGCUCUCAUUGGAUGGCGUCGAAUAUUAAACAAAGUCAUAUUCAUACCACAGCGGUAUGUUUUUGGUUUGCUCGGUCUGUUUGCAUUAGCAAACUCAUUUACAAUGCGUGUCUGUCUGAGCAUGACAAUCGUAACAAUGGUGAAGAAAGUCUCUUCUGAGACGCAUAUUGUUGGUGAGACGUGCCCUUCUGAUGGGAGUGCGUCAUCCUCUUCUAACAGCUCAUCUGUAGUAUUUGAGGGCAGAGAAAGAUACGACUGGGAUGAAAGUACUCAAGGUCUACUGCUCAGCGCUUUUUACUAUGGAUACGUGCUCACACAUUUACCAGGAGGUCUUCUAGCAGAAAAGUUUGGUGGAAAAUGGACGUUAGGUCUGAGUUUACUGUGCACUUCUGUGUCUACAGCUCUGACACCUUUCGCGGUAGAAUUUGGGGGUGCUGUGGGACUUUUUAUUAUGAGGGUUAUUUGUGGUCUUGGAGAGGGUCCAGUGACACCAGCAUUUGUUUUACUAAUGGCUCGCUGGGUUCCGCCGGCAGAACGCUCUCGUUUCGGCGCAAUGAUAUUCGGAGGGGCGCAAAUAGGCAAUAUUGCUGGUCCAUAUAUUUCGGGAUUGCUCUUAGUGAACGGCGGCGACUGGGCGAACGUGUUUUACGUAUUUGGUAGCCUCGGAGUCCUAUGGUUUUUGUUUUUCACACUUCUCUGCUACAGCACUCCUAACUCUCAUCCAUUUAUAUCCGACGAAGAGCGAGAUUACUUAAAUGCUAAUGUAACUGCUUCAGGCCUGCACAAGAAAUUAGAUCCUGUGCCAUUCAAAGCCAUACUACGUUCACCACAACUCUGGGCGCUUAUGAUAGCCGCUGUCGGCCAUGACUGGGGAUACUUUACCAUGAUUACUGAUUUACCCAAAUAUUUUUCUGAUGUUCUCAAGUUCAACAUUAAGAAUACAGGAUUAAUGUCUGCUUUGCCAUACAUAGCUAUGUACGUUUGUUCUUUUAUAUUCGCUGGCUUCUGUGACUUUUGUAUUAGAAGAAAGUGGCAUAGUAUUACUACUGGAAGAAAAAUUUAUACUACCGUAUCAUCAACAAUACCCGCUGUUUUUAUUAUUCUGGCUUCAUACUCUGGCUGCGACCGCGUUAAGGCUGUGGGAUGUUUCAUAGCAUCCAUGGCCUUCAUGGCUGGCUUCUAUAGCAGUGUCAAGAUCAAUGCUAUGGAUAUUGCCCCAAAUUAUGCAGGAACAUGUUCUGCGUUUGUCAACGGAUUGGCUGCUGUAUCGGGAAUGAUUACGCCUUAUAUGGUUGGACUUUUGACGCCUGAUCAAAGUCUCAAACAAUGGCGUAACGCAUUUUGGACAAUUUUCGUGGUGUUAAUAGGCACGAAUAUAAUCUAUUUAGUAUGGGGAUCCGGCGAGCAACAGUGGUGGGAUGACGUAGACAAGUUUGGGUACCCGGCUAACUGGAAACAUGGACCUCUGAAAAAGGCACAUGAAAAUGUAGAGAAAAAGAACGUUCCAAAAAUUAAGAAAUGGGAGGAGCGGAUGAUGCUUAAGAAGAAUAAACAGAGAAAUCAACGAGAAAUAAUAGUAAUUUUUUAG